UGUUCAGAAUUGAAGACUAUUUUUUCAUCCUGCUGGCAGGAAGAAGAAACUCUGUCCUUUAUCAAAGAGAGCCUUGACAAGAGCGAGCAGCUUACAAAGAACAUGGUCUCUAUCCUCUCCUCCUUUGAAAGUCGUUUGAUGAAGCUGGAGAAUUCAAUCAUCCCUGUCCAUAAACAGACAGAGAACCUGCAGCGCUUGCAGGAGAAUGUGGAGAAGACUUUGUCCUGCUUGGAUCAUGUCAUCAGUUACUACCAUGUGGCUAAGGACACAGAGAAGAUCAUAAAGGAAGGCCCCACUGGGAGACUGGAGGAAUACUUGAAUUGCAUGGACAAAAUCCAGAAGGCAGUAGAAUACUUCCAGGACAACAAUCCAGACAGCCCAGAGCUGAACCGGGUGAAAUCCCUUUUUGAGAGGGGCAAAGAGUCCCUGGAGUCAGAGUUCCGCAGCUUGAUGACACGACACACCAAGCCAGUCCCACCCAUCCUCAUCCUGGACCUGAUCAGUGCGGAUGAUGAAAUGGAGACGCAGGAGGAGAUGUCUCUGGAGCACCUCCCAGAGAGUGUCCUGCAUGAUAUCAUCCGCAUUUCUGGCUGGCUGGUGGAAAACGGCAGGAAUCAAGAUUUCAUGACUGUUUACUUCCAAAUCCGCUCUGUCCAGCUCGACCGCUCUAUCAAGGGGCUGAAAGACCAUUUCCGUAAGAACAGUUCCUCCACUGGGGUGCCCUAUUCCCCUGCCAUUCAGAACAAAAGGAAGGACACCCCCACCAAAAAGCCAAUCAAGAGACCGGUCCUCAUCCCAGGCACGAUCCGUAAGGCUCAGAACCUUCUGAAACAGUACUCUCAGCAUGGUCUAGAUGGGAAAAAGGGGGCCUCUAACCUCAUUCCUCUGGAAGGUCAUGAGCAUGAUUUACGAGUUAAACACCUUUCCGAUACCCUGAGCGACAAGCAUGGGCCAGCUGCUGGGAGGGACGACGUCUUUGACAUCGAGAUUGACGCGUACAUUCACUGCGUUAGUGCCUUUGUCAAACUGGCCCAGAGCGAAUACCAGCUCCUGACAGAAAUCGUCCCAGAGCACCACCAGAAGAAGACCUUCGAUUCUCUCAUCCAGGAAUCAUUAGAUAACCUGAUCAUGGAGGGGGAUAACAUUGUCUCAGCUGCCCGGAAAGCCAUCAUCCGACACGACUAUUCGGCUGUACUCACAAUCUUCCCCAUCCUUAAGCAUCUUAAGCAGAUGAAGCCAGAAUUUGAUCAGGUCUUGCAGGGAACUGCAGCAGGCACUAAGAACAAACUGCCAGGGCUGAUCACUUCCAUGGAGACCACUGGUGCGAAGGCACUGGAAGAGUUUGCAGACAACAUUAAGAAUGAUCCGGACAAGGAAUAUAACAUGCCAAAAGAUGGGACAGUUCAUGAACUCACCAGCAAUGCCAUCCUUUUCCUACAGCAAUUGUUGGAUUUCCAGGAGACAGCAGGUGCUAUGCUGGCAUCACAAGUUCUUGGGGACACAUACAAUAUUCCUUUAGAUCCCAGAGGUAAGCAGACUUACCCACAAGUACCUGUUCAUGUUGCCUUGGAUUCUGGUGAUCUGCUGAGCACCUACAUCUGCAAAGUACUGGGCAACUUGCAGCUUAACCUUCUAAGUAAAUCCAAGGUUUAUGAAGACUCAGCUUUGAGUGCCAUUUUUCUGCACAAUAACUACAACUACAUUCUGAAAUCUCUGGAAAAGUCUGAGCUGAUCCAGUUGGUAGCUGUAACACAGAAGACAGCCGAGAGGUCUUACCGGGAGCUCAUUGAACAGCAGAUCCAGACCUACCAGCGCAGCUGGUUGAAGGUGACAGAGUACAUCUCGGAGAGAAACCUGCCUGUUUUUCAACCCGGAGUGAAGCUCAAGGAUAAGGAGAGGCAGAUGAUAAAGGAGCGCUUUAAGGGAUUUAAUGACGGGCUGGAGGAGCUAUGUAAGAUCCAGAAGGCCUGGGCAAUCCCAGACGUGGAGCAACGGGACAAAAUCCGCUGGGCACAGAAAAACAUUGUGAAAGAGACCUAUGGUGCCUUCUUGAACAGAUAUGGCAAUGUGCCCUUCACCAAGAACCCUGAGAAGUACAUCAAAUACCAGGUCGACCAGGUGGGGGAGAUGAUCGAGAAGCUGUUUGACACAUCAGCAUAAAUCUCCAGCUGUUGUGUACUCUCCAGCUGCCAAGUACAAGUCAGCACUCCCUCAGCAACCUUUGGGGUUCCCUUCCCUUCUCCCCUGCCCCAUUGUGGUGGGCAGGGUGUUAUACUUGUAUUUCAGAUUUAUAAACCUGUGGAAACACUA